AUGAUGGAUGUGACGACGCUCUACUUCCUGCCCAUGCGCUUCGCGUGGGUGGCCAAGAGCAUGCCUGGUCCUGGCUGGAUGAUGAAGCUCGCCAAUUACGUGCCGCUCAAGCGCAAGAACAAGGAGAGUAUCAAGCAGAUGUUCGCGGCCUGCCAUGAGCGUCUCGCGAGUCAGUGGAGCGUGAUCGUUUUCCCCCAGGGCACGCGCAACCGAACGACGUUCCUGCCGUUCAAGGACGGCGCAUUCGAGAUAGCGACAACAUCCAAGGCUCGCGUUGUCCCCCUCACAAUUGUGAUCCCCGACGAUCUUUGGACGUGGAAUCGCCGCGGAGCUUGCAAGCUCAUCGUUCAUGCGCCCCUCGAGGCAUCCAACUCGACCAAGGCCGAGAUCAAGGAUGCCGCAUUCGCAGCCGUUGCAUCCGGCAUGCCCAAACUCAAGUAG